GUUGCGAGAUAUUAGUGUGGUUCAGUUUGGUCCUUAGGAGUAGCCGUAGCACAGCAAUGAAGUGUGGGAUUUUGGCAAAUUUAAUGUGAGUUUGGGGAGGUAACUCUAAAAUGUAAAUAUCAUACUGUGGUAUAUUAUAAAGUCAGGAGCGUUAGUUGGACGCGUGGGGCAGCCAACGUGUGGAGAUGCCUCGCUUCGCACAACUAGUUAUGGGUCCUGCUGGCAGUGGAAAGAGUACGUAUUGUUCCACCAUGAUCCAGCAUGCGGAGUCCAUCAAUCGCUCUAUUCAGGUCGUCAAUCUGGACCCUGCUGCUGAAUAUUUCAGUUAUCCCGUUAUGGCAGACAUCAGAGAGCUGAUCCAGGUAGAUGAUGUCAUGGAAGACGACUCUUUGAGAUUUGGUCCAAAUGGAGGACUAGUCUUCUGCAUGGAGUACUUUGCCACUAACUUUGAUUGGCUGGAAGAGAGCCUUGGCCAUGUAGAGGAUGACUACAUCCUGUUUGACUGCCCAGGACAAAUUGAGCUAUACACACAUCUCCCUGUCAUGAAGCAACUAGUGGAGCAGCUCCAGCAGUGGGAGUUUCGGGUUUGUGGUGUCUUCCUUGUCGACUCCCAGUUCAUGGUGGAGACUUUUAAGUUCAUCUCUGGUGUCAUGGCAGCCUUAAGCGCCAUGGUGUCUCUGGAAAUUCCUCAAGUCAAUAUCAUGACCAAGAUGGACCUGCUAAGCCCAAAAGCUAAGAAAGAAAUAGAAAAAUACCUGGAUCCAGACAUGUACUCAAUGAUGGAGGAUAACUCUGUUGCGAUGAGAAGCCAGAAGUUCCAUAAACUCACCAAAGCCAUUUGUGGGCUGAUUGAUGACUACAGUAUGGUGAGAUUUCUACCCUUUGACCGUACUGAUGAGGAGGGCAUCAAUAUAGUUCUCCAGCACAUUGACUUCUCUAUUCAGUAUGGAGAAGACCUCGAGGUCAAGGAACCCAGGGAAACAGAUGAAGAUCCUAUGAACACAAAUUAUGACGAACUCUUUCAAGAUUCCUGAUAAAGAUCCUUAUGAUGGCAUAUAUGUGGAGACAUGAGUUAAUUAUAAUUUUUACUUUUUAAUUAGUUUUGUGUGUUUGUGUGUGUGUGUGUAU